AUGGAGGGCCUUGAAGACCUCAAAAUCUCUUUGACCAGAGACAAGCUCUGGCUGUCCUUUGAUCCUGAUAUCGGCGGCUUGGCUUGGCUCUUACGGCCGCUAAUGGUCGUACAACAGGUUUCUCACUUCGACGUGGUCAUUUACUGGCCGAGGUCAAUUGAUUUGGAAAAGCUUGAACACGAAUUAGGUGGCAGCCUCCCAUUUCGUCUGGAGAUCGUGGUGACCAAUAUGCCUAAUUGCCACAUAUAG